AAUGUGCGAGUCGGAUGGAGAUUUCCCUGGAAAAUACAGCACAGGAAUCCCAGAGGCAUAUGAUCUGGUGCCAGCGGUCCCUGGAAUGAAGGACUUGUGCAUGGGCAGUAUUUUCACCAUCGGUGAAAUUGAAUUGGCCCUGUCGGCAGUGACUUGUCGCUCAGAGGACAGACGUGGGAAGUUCUUUAGCCUCAACUGGAUGUCCUUCAGUUGAGAAACCUGAUUUUUAACUUGAUUACUAUGCCUUUGGAGAUGGAGCCCAAAAUGAGCAAGCUGGCCUUUGGGUGUCAGAGAAGUUCCACGUCCGAUGACGAUUCUGGCUGUGCGCUGGAGGAGUACGCCUGGGUCCCUCCAGGGCUCAGACCGGAGCAGAUCCAGCUCUAUUUUGCAUGCUUGCCAGAGGAAAAGGUUCCUUAUGUUAACAGCCCUGGAGAGAAACAUCGGAUUAAGCAGCUUUUAUACCAGUUGCCACCACAUGAUAAUGAGGUGCGGUACUGCCAGUCUUUGAGUGAAGAGGAGAAAAAAGAACUGCAGGUGUUCAGUGCUCAAAGAAAGAAAGAAGCACUUGGAAGAGGAACGAUUAAACUUUUGUCCAGGGCAGUGAGGCACGCCAUGUGUGAGCAGUGCGGACUGAAGAUAAAUGGAGGAGAGGUCGCAGUGUUUGCCUCCCGGGCAGGCCCUGGUGUGUGCUGGCACCCGUCCUGCUUUGUCUGCUUCACGUGCAACGAGCUGCUGGUUGACCUCAUCUAUUUUUAUCAGGAUGGAAAAAUUCACUGUGGCAGGCACCACGCAGAACUGCUCAAGCCACGGUGCUCAGCAUGUGACGAGAUAAUUUUUGCCGAUGAAUGCACAGAAGCAGAGGGUCGCCACUGGCACAUGAAACACUUCUGCUGCCUGGAGUGUGAGACGGUCCUGGGAGGACAGAGGUACAUCAUGAAGGAUGGCCGCCCCUUCUGCUGUGGCUGCUUUGAGUCUCUCUAUGCAGAGUACUGUGAAACCUGCGGGGAGCAUAUUGGUGUGGACCAUGCGCAGAUGACCUAUGAUGGGCAGCACUGGCAUGCCACAGAAGCGUGCUUCUCCUGUGCCCAGUGUAAGGCCUCUCUGCUGGGAUGCCCGUUCCUUCCCAAACAAGGUCAGAUUUACUGCUCAAAAACCUGCAGCCUUGGAGAAGAUAUCCACGCCUCCGACUCCUCUGACUCUGCUUUCCAGUCAGCAAGGUCGAGAGACUCCAGAAGAAGUGUCCGGAUGGGCAAGAGCAGCAGGUCAGCAGAUCAGUGCCGGCAGUCUCUUCUCCUCUCCCCUGCUCUGAACUAUAAGUUUCCUGGCCUCUCUGGCAAUGCCGAUGACACCCUGUCUCGGAAGCUGGAUGAUUUGAGUCUCUCCAGACAAGGAGCCAGUUUUGCCAAUGAGGAAUUUUGGAAAGGCAGGGUAGAGCACGAAACCCCUGAAGAACCUGAAGAAUGGGCUGAGCAUGAAGAUUAUAUGACUCAGCUCCUCCUGAAGUUCGGGGACAAAAGCCUCUUUCAACAGCAGCCCAGUGAGAUGGACAUUAGAGCCAGUGAGCACUGGAUAUCUGAUAACAUGGUUAAAAACACCGCAGAGUUAAAGCAGAAUCACCAGAGCCUUGCAAGUAAAAAAUACCAGUCUGAUAUGUACUGGGCUCAGUCACAAGAUGGACUGGGCGAUUCCGCUUAUGGCAGCCACCCAGGCCCCGCCAGUAGCAGGAGGCUCCAGGAGCUGGAUCUGGACCAUGGUGCCACAGGAUACAACCAUGACCAGACACAGUGGUAUGAGGACUCCCUGGAGUGUCUGUCAGACUUGAAACCAGAACAAAGUGUUCGAGAUUCUAUGGAUUCUCUGGCUUUGUCUAAUAUCACGGGGGCUUCUGUAGAUGGAGAAAGCAAACCAAGACCGUCGUUAUAUUCUCUACAAAACUUCGAGGAGAUGGAAGCAGAAGAUUGCGAGAAAAUGAGCAAUAUGGGAACUCUGAACUCAUCCAUGCUGCACAGGAGUGCAGAGUCCCUAAAAAGUCUAAGCUCGGAAUUGUGUCCAGAGAAAAUCAUGCCUGAAGAAAAACCAGUACAUCUGCCAGUGCUCAGAAGAUCCAAGUCUCAGUCCAGGCCCCAGCAGGUCAAGUUUUCAGACGAUGUCAUUGACAAUGGAAGCUAUGACAACAUCGAAAUCCGGCAGCCUCCAAUGAGUGAAAGGACUAGGAGACGGGUCUACCAUUUUGACGAGAGGGAGUCUAGGUCUCACCACCAUCGCCGCAGGAGAAGUAGAAAGUCCCGCUCUGACAAUGCCCUGAAUCUUAUCACAGAACGAAAAUACUCUUCCAAGGACAGACUGAGGCUUUAUACCGCUGAUAACUAUGAGAAAUUUAUACAGAAUAAAAGUGCCCGGGAGAUGCAAGCAUAUAUCCAGAACAGUGAUCUCUAUGGCCAAUACACCCACGCCACAUCUGACUAUGCACUGCAGAACCCCGGAAUGAACAGGUUUCUGGGGCUCUAUGGGGAGGAUGACGACUCCUGGUGUUCCUCUUCCUCCUCCUCUGACUCAGAAGAAGAAGGAUAUUUUCUUGGUCAACCAAUCCCUCAGCCCAGGCCACAGAGAUUUGCCUACUAUACAGAUGACCUUUCUAGUCCAACUUCUGCCCUCCCCACCCCUCAGUUUGGUCAGAGGACAACUAAAUCCAAGAAGAAAAAAGGACACAAAGGCAAAAACUGUAUUAUUUCUUAACUGAGUAGCUAUGGAGAGCAUUUGUUUAAGCUCAGCCAUUACUUGUCAGAAUCUUUUUUUUUCUUCCAUAGGAAAGUUGCUAAGAUAGUUUAAAGUGCUUUCUUUGCCCAUGUAAAUGAGAACCCUACUGCUGUUUACAGUGUCAAAUUAACAUUUGAAAGGUGUGAUUUCUCCAGUUUACCCUCCUUGGGUGGUGCCAGGUUUAAGGUGACACCUUGUGCCUGUGGCAGGUGCACUACAGUUCCAUAUAGCUGCUCAGUCUCCAAGAAAUGGACAUGAGGUGAUUGGAUGGGGUGUGCAUUUUAGCAGAUGGAGAGCCCCCGCCACCUUUGUAACACAAUAGUGAUUGUCAUUACGUGAGUCAGGUUGGCUUAGGUCCUGAUUGGUCUGUCUUGUGAGGCAUGCACAUUGUCAUAAUGACCUAGCUAACACUGGGCAUCCUAUCAUGUUAGGCCAACUUCUCUCCCUUUGGCCCCCAUUAGCCAGGUAAACAUUGUAUUAGCUCCAGCUCCAGAUAGGAAAAAAAAAAUUGCUAUUUAUAAUGUAGUAUUUCAUAGACAAGUGUAUUACUAAUUUAACGGUGCAAAUAUUAAUGUACAUACUGUACAGUUCAGAUUUUAAAGCUGAUAUUUUUAUAUCCCUGAAUUGCAAGAUGUUUGUUACUCUGCAGUGCUAGACUUAAGGAACCAGAAACAGCAUUUAUGGAUGAAAUGAUUGCUUGUGUUUUAGUCAGGGCUUAUAAGUUUAGACAGUCAAAUUUCUAUUGCCUAGUGAUGGAAAGUUAAAUUUUUUUUUUCAAUAUUAAAAAAGGCUCUGUAUGCAUGGUGGGGCUCUGUAAAUACUCUUAAACUAUGGCCCUAUUAAUUUUACAAGUGUUAUUUAUGGGUCAAGCAAUGUUAACUGUAUAGAUGUAGAAACAAACAAAAAAAACACAUACCCCUGGAAUAUAUGCUAAAAACGCGUAGCAGCUGUCUGAGGGAUAUGUUUUCUCUGGGCCACGGGGUGGGCUGCCUUUCCCAGCUCAGCUCUAAAGCUACAAGGAUCAGCUUGUUGUGGCAGAAGUCUUUGUAGAUUUGAAGAGAUUAUUCCUUUUAUCUUUGCCGUUCAGCUAAUCUGUUGGCCUUUAAAAGCAGUUUUCAAAACUGGGUUUUCAGGUAUUUUUUCUUUUCAAAUCUUCAAAUUAGAGGAUGCUAUGCCACUGAGUAUUUUAAGUUCCUAUGAGGUUCUAUCUCGUUCAAGGGAAAAUGAGUUGAACUAACAAACACAUAUUUUGCUAUGUGCCAUUCUUGCAUAUAUGUCUCAGUCCUAACAGAAGGUCCUGGUGGCAUUGAGGGCCUUUUAGGGAGGUAUUUAAUAAAUGCUUAAUAAAUAACAAAUUACCUUUCUGAAUACAAUUUGUAAACAUACCCAGAUAACUUUGCUCCUGUGUUCAGGCAUGACUCACUCUCUGCGUCCUACCAUUACAGACCCUAUUUAUCAGAGGAGAAAGCUGUCAGUCAGGUCUCAAGGAGGACAGACGUAAAUCCAGUAGGAAACCAGCAGGCAGAGACUGGAUAGAGUAAGGCUUUGUAUCUGAGCUAGAAAGAUGAUGUUUAGAGCGCCCUAUACUUAAAAGUAAUUAUAUCAUCCUUUCCCUGGUCUGGUGCUUUGUAAAAAAAGAUAACCAUGAAAAGAAGUACAAGCACAUGAUAAAAAUUUCAGAAAGGACAAACACUGAAACUUCUCCUUUUCCUCCUCAUCCCAAGAAGUAACCACAGCUAAUGCAUCCUACAGAUGCUCAAAAGAAUCUGUUUUAUUUAAGUGUGUCUCAUAAAAAUGGCAGGCGGGGGUACAGCUCAGUGGUAGUACGUACUUAGUAUGUGCAUGGUCCUGGGUUCAAUCUCCAGUACCAAAGAGACAGUAAACUAUAUACAUGUUUUGACUUGCUUUGUUUUCUUUAUAUGUAAACAUUCCACCUCAUUCUUUCAAUGACUGUUGGAUACAUUACUUUUGGAUGCACAUCAUUAUUCAUUAUUUAGCCAGCCCCUUGGUGGUAAGACUUGAACUUCCUCAUUCAUACCUUAUCCUACAGAGGUGCAUGUGUAUGUAAGUCAGGAACAAAACAGUUACUGGGACAUAGCCAAUUUUCCUCUAAAGAAAAUUCUGAUUUACAUUACUACAUAAUACAUAAGAAAACUUUCCUACCACAACCUCACAUAAUAUGAGCAGAUUUCUUGGCUUUAAACAAAUUCUUAGAAGACUGCUGUAGUGUGUUAUUUACAGCAGAUGAUACUGAGCCUAGAGAAAUGCGAGCAUAAGCUGCCAGCACUACCCUCAGUAAUUUUCAAAAGAUUUUUUUUUUGGGGGGGGGUAAAUCUGGCAAGUCACCUUAGUGGUUUUCUUCAUUUCCUCAUAUAAUGGUCACAUAGCUUGCCAAAGGCCUACGGAAAUACAGAAAUACUACAGUGAUAAUGUAACCUUCAUGCUUUUAUGUCCUAGCUCUUAGCAAUAAAAGACUACAAAGGGAGAAAAGGCAACGACUGUCUUACUGUUGAGUAAAAAGCAUGUAGUAGCUACAAGGUGUGAACAGAUCUAGUUAACAAGUGUAAAGUAUAUCAGUCACCAAAUUCCAAAAUUUUUUCCAACAUAAUUAUCAAAUGUUCCAACACAUUUCUCAUA